CGGUGCCAAACUGAAAGAAAAAGGUUUCGGGUCCGCGUCUGUCUGUGAGAGGGGGGGAGAGAGAGAGAGAAGAGAACAAAAUUUCAUUCCCAAUCUUAGGUUGGGUACUUUGUUGGAGAGAAAAAGGUUUGGGGUCGGAGUCUGAGACUAAAAUUUAUAGAUCGACCCUCGUGUUUCCUUCGUAUAGCGCAGAGAUGGUUGCGAGAACCCCACCAAAGUCGAAGAAAAUGUUAGCCGCACUCAAUCCUCUCCUCAUCAGAGAAACAUUAAACAAGAUGGACCAGUGCAUGGCUCGACUUCAGGAACUUCAGUAUACUGUGGCCGGCGGGACGAAGGCGGUUUCAGGGGUGAAUCUCAGCCCUCGCAGUACCAGAGGCUAUCUAAGAACCAGUCUGAGGUGCAAGCAAGAAUCACUCAGGAUCACAAAUGGCGCCCGUUCCAGAUCUCCAAAAGGGAAGUUUCCAGCAAAUACAGGAGGCGAAUGGAAGCGAAUGUCAUUGCCAGCAAUGCUUGUGGGUGAAACUCUUGGAGAAAUUCUACAGGCAAGUCAGUUUGCCAGAGAUAUUGUUUCAGCAGUGGCCAAGAAAACUGAUACCAAAGACCCAAAAACUCCGGCACCGCCACAACGGACAAACCAGAAAUUACUACACCCAGAAAACACCCAACUCAAAGCUAGGAGGAAGAAAGAGAAGCAAACCAAGCUAGAAUCAGCUCGAUCAGAAUCAGCAUCCCCUUCAAUCGGAAGGGCUCGUUCAAGAAUCAAUUUUAAGGUUUCUCCCCAGAAAGUGAGGGAACUUGAGAAAGAAAAUAACAGGUAUGUGGCAAACAGGGUGUCUCCGAGGAAUAGGCCCUGGGCCAAGAAGACUGUACUAUUCCCCAACCCUUUGUCCCUGUCCACGUCUUCUUCACAGCAGCAAAAGUUUUGCAGGACAAGAUCUCCGGUUAUAUCAGGAAACAGAGGGACUCCACACAAGUUCUUGAUCAAGUCCCCUAGCUCUGCUUCUAAAUUCCAAUCCAAGAACAAAAGCCCACCACCCAGGGUCCAUGUCCACAACAAAAGCCCACCAUCCAAAUUCCAAGUGAAGAUUAAAAGCCUGCCAGUUUUGUCUAUUUCUUCACCUACAAGACCCCCAAGUCUCAUGAAAAAGACUUCUCCCAAGAGAUCGGCAGUAUCCAAAUGGCGUCGAUCUUUCUCUCCAUCCAGGUUGGCGACCAGAUUCGCUUCACUUUCCCCAUUGAAGAGCAAGAGAAGCGUAUGCGUACAGAAAAGUGACGGGUUAGUGAGUGGACUGAAACAGCGUCCACCUCCAACAGUGCAAUUCCCUGCUAGAAGAAUUUGAUAACAUGUUCACCUGCCUUGGUUUUAUUUCGUACCUGAGUCGAGGAGGAAUUCUUCAUGUCUAUAGCUAUAUAUUCUUUUCCUUUUAAGUUUGGUGGUGCAUGUCCUUUUUCUCUUGUUAUGUUAAUAAAUUUUCUUCACUUAA